AUGCUCCGCCAGGCUGUUCAGGGGGCUCGGUGGUAUCAGCAUGUGGCCCGCGCAACCCCGUCGACUCCUCCGUCUCUUCCACGGCAACGUGCAUUCACAGUGAUAGCACCACGCUUGAUCCAUUACGGCGGUCCCAAUGAUAAGGUUCGAUUUUACGAACAGGACACGCGUGGUAGUCAGAAGAGAAGGAGGGUGGACCCGGAAGCCGAGGACAAUGCCGAGCAAGAAGGUGUGCAGGAGGAGCUAUCGAAGUUGGAUGAAGAGCUACAAAUUUUGAAGGAAGGUCCCUAUGGUCCCAAUAGCCCGUUUAUGAUGUCUCUACCCGAGAAGGACCGGAAUAUUGCGCUAGAGGCGCUGCGGAAACAUAAAGAAGAACAGGGGAAGGAUGAGCCGGCGGCAUACGAUCUGAAGCAAGUGUUCGACGAGGAACUGGAUGAAAUCCUGAGGCAGGAAUUCGAAGGUCUCGCGAUGGAGGAGGAAAACUGGCAGUCCCAGGGGAAGACGAAAAAGAAAUCGCCCAAGGCUGUCAUCAGGCAGCCCUACGAGGUCGUGCCGAACCACUCGGAAAACCAUGCCUACGUCGAUAGAUUCAACGAUUGUUUAAAACGGGUCGAACACCAUCCCCUCGACGAGCGACUGGGACAAGAGCUGUGGAAAUGGUAUCGUCGUUGUAAACAGGCAGUCCCAGACUUCGUGGAAUCGAUUCCCGACGAAGCCAUGUCUCUGCUGUGGGAUCCGAAGACUUCUGCGGAGUCGGCGACGGCUUCGCAGGCAGUUCAUAUUCAGACACUCGCGGAGGAUGCGCUGUCCGUUGGCCGAUCUCUCUCUACCCCCCAUAUGCUCUCUUACAUCAAGUCGCUGCAGAAUACGGGCAAAACGAAGGAGGCACUGGACCAGUGGGAGGCCCAUCAAAGAGGGCUGUCGCAGAAGAAAGAAGACCUGGAAGCCUACUGGAAACUCGGGGUCCGGAUCUUUUCAGCUGAGGGGGAUCCUCAACGGGCUCAGGAUAUUGCCUUGGCCUUUUUGGCGAAUGACAAGUCUCGCGAAUCUCGAAUCUUGAUCCCGGUCAUCCUCGCCUGGGGAAAAAAGCCAGGGAAAGAGGCAGCGGCCAAGGCGUGGGCGUUGUAUUUGCAAUUGAAAACGUUGCUGGAACAACACACAAUGACCAUGGAGGAUUACGAUCUCAUCAGCAUUGGGUUGCUGAAGGCGGGUCGGCUCAACCUCGCCAUUGCUGUGUUUAAGGAUAUGAUGGUAUCCGGCCAUGAUCCGGCCAAUGACUCGACUUCCCUCUACAAAGCCGCGGUAGGUCUGGUGGGUAAUCUCCAGGCAUCGAGCAUCUCGGAAGGGGAUGUGAAUAAGGUGUCGUUGGCAACUUUGACAGUCCUACCGCGUCGGUUCCAGAACCGAUUCUUCUACGCCAGCUGGAUGAAGAAGCUAAUCGGCAUGGGGGAGGUGGACUCGGCGGCGAUGGUGAUCGAGCUGAUGUACGAACGAGGAGUGCAUCCGGAUCCCAAGCAUCUCAACGGCCUCAUCGCCGCCUGGCUUCGUCGAGGGAACGCCGUUGCUCGGGAGAAGGCCGAACGACUGGGCUGGGCCAUGAUCCAGCGACGAAUUGACACAGUCUGGGCACGAUCCAAUUCACCGGGAGAGUCGCCUCGGCCGAACCAGGACCAGGAGGUAGAUGGCGCACGCAUCCCCAGGUUCCUACAACGGCCGAUGCCGUCGGCGAAUAUCGAGACAUUCUCGAUCCUGCUGCUCCAUUACACGCGCAGGAGCGACGAAGGCAUGACCAAGUACCUGGUCAAGUGCCUCCAGGAUGCUCAGAUCCGGCCGAAUUCCUACUUCAUGAACCACCUCCUGUACGCCGAGCUCCGGAAGCAGGACAUCCAGUCCUUGUGGACCAAGUUCCAAACUAUGUCCGCUUCGAUCCAGCCGGAUUUGGAGACAUACGCCUGUCUGUGGGAUUGCGGUAAACUCCAGUACGAUCGAGGCCGCACCGCGUAUGUGUCAGGCUUCCCAACCGCUCGCGCCCUCUACGCCGACAUGAUGCAAUGGCACGCCCAACUAUCCUCCCGUGCGACGUCCGCCGCGCGCGAAGAGUUCUCCAAAGAGCUCUACGACCAGAUCGUCCGCUGUUUCUGCCUGUCCAAAGACCUCGCCGGCACCCUGGUCGUCCUCUGCUCCAUGAGAGCCCUCUUUGGCUUCACCCCCGACGACAUCACGGCCCGUGUGAUCGUCCUGCAGGUUGCCCGCUCGGCCGGUGUCCCCGUGGACACGCCCAAGCGACGCCUGCGCCGUCUGUCGUCCACGCCGAAGAGUAAGGAGAACAUCGCCCAUGUCCACCGACUGGUGGAGCUGUUGAGCGAGCGCAAAAUCUCGGCUCUCCAGGCGCGAGGACUGAGCCUCGACACGUUGGACCCUGCCGAACGGGAGCAAUACCAGCUGGAGAUCAUGACGGAUCUGUUGCGUCUCAUCAUGCAGCGUACCGCGGUCAAUCCCAACGCAGUCGACGCCGAGAUUGCCACCGCCGCGACGGAGAUGGGUGUUUCAGGCAUUGAUCUCGGUGCGUCACUAGAGGAUGAUCACCUAUUGUUGUAG